AUGGAACUCCCACCAGCUCAUUCCUCAAAUGCCGUUGGACUUUAUCCAAACCCAGAUGGCUCAUUCAAUCGAAUCGAAGCAUUUCCAAGGCUCCCUCCAACGCCGGAAAACACCAUCGGUGACCAUUCAAAAUCAACCCAAAUCGCUCUCUCCAAAGACAUCCCUCUGAACCCAACAACCAACAGCUCCAUUCGCAUCUUCAAACGUUGUAAUCUUCCUCCAAACUCGAAGCUCCCAAUCAUUAUCUACUUCCAUGGAGCUCUGAUCCUGUCCGUCGAGUACCGUCUUACGCCUGAACACCGCCUUCCGGCGGCAUAUGAUGACGCCGUCGAAGCUAUCUUGUGGGUCCAAGGGCAGGCAUUAGGAAUCAACGGUUGUGAUCCGUGGCUGAAAGAUUUGGCCGAUUUUUCUAGGGUUUUCUUGAUGGGUGGUAGCGCAGGAGCUAAUAUAGUCUACUAUGCAGCUCUGCGUGUACCCGAUAUUGAUCUUACCCCGGUGAAAAUAAAAGGGUUGACUCUGAACCAACCGUUCUUUGGUGGGGGUGAAGAGGACUGA